AUGUUGGCGUGUCACUCUCUGCUGAUCACCUGGGUGCUGCUCGCCGCCAGAGCCCGAAGCCAGAGCUGGAGACCCUGCACAGACCUGCUGCCUCUGGACCUGCUGACCAGAGCCUUGCCAAGUCCAGGACAAGCCCCGCCCACACAGGUGCAGAUGGUUCAGUCCAGAGGGUCCAGAGGGCUCCGAUUGGCCGGCGCCGUGGCAACAGCGCUGAGUUUCCCCGCCUCCCAAAUCUUCAGCAACUGUGACUUCUUCCCUGCUGAGUUCUCAUUGGUCGCCACCUUCAAGAUCCCGAGACUGAGACAGAAGAGGAACGAGUACAUCUUCUCCGUGGUGGAGAACGGAUCUGAUCUGCUGUUGCUGGGGUUACGUGUCUCAGAGAACCGCCUCCACCUCCUGGUCACGUCCCCCGGCGUCGGUGGGCGGAGCCGGCUGAGCUUUAAGGACGUUGGACUGGAUGAUAACCGCUGGCACACGCUGGUACUGGCCGUCACCGGACCGCACGCCACCCUGACCAUCGACUGCGGACUCCCUCUGGAGCUUAAACAGGUCCAGUCCUUCCCCAGCACUCUGAGCACCAGGGGGUCCAGGUUCUUCAUCGGCAGCAGGAAGAGGUCGAGGGGACGCUUCUCUGGUUUACUGCGUCAGCUGGUUCUACUUCCUGGUUCAGACGCCACGCCCAGACUGUGUCCGACCCGUGACCCCAGCUUGGCCGAGCUGUCCGUCCCCCAGGUCCUGAAGUCCCUCCAUCUCCAACAGGACCACCACAGACCAGUUUACCCGUAUGAGGCCGAGGCCAGAGUGACUCUGGGAAAUCCUCCUCCGUGUUCGGGACCAGAACAGGGUCAGCUGUGGUUCAACGCUCAGAGGAAAGGCCUGUUCAUCUGUGACGGAUUCACAUGGAGGACGCUGCUGCAGAAUAAGGAGCGUUUGGAUUACGUAGAGGACUACCAGGAUCUGUACACCAGCUCAGAAACCUUCGACGUCGAGGUCUUCUCCAUCCCGUCUGAGGGCCUUUUCAUGGCUGCAGCCAACAGGGACUCUCGACCCGGUUCGGGUAUCUAUAAAUGGAGGAACGGGUCAUUCCAGCUGUACCAGAACAUCAGCACUCAGGAGGCUCGAGCCUGGAAACACUUCACCAUUGACGACAAGAUUUUCCUGGUGGUGGCGAACUCCAAGGAGGCAGAGCCUGAGCUGUCGGUCAUCUACCGGUGGAAUCAGCGGCAGCGGCGUUUCCUCCGUCACCAGACACUGGAGACUCACUCCGCUCUGGACUGGGAGGCCUUUCAAAUCCACAACCACAGCUUCCUGGUGGUGGCCAAUCACAGACGAGACUCCAACCACAACAUCCACAGUGUGAUCUACAGGUGGAACCCAAACACAAAGCUGUUUGAGGUGAACCAGACUCUGUCCACGUCCGGAGCAUAUGACUGGGAGUUCUUCUCCAUCGGACCAUAUCAUUUCCUGGUUGUUGCCAACACCUUCGAUGGUCAGACGACCACCAUCAGCUCCACUGUCUAUGUCUGGUUGAACGGCUGCUUCCAGACCUUCCAGAGCAUCCCGACGGUGGGAGCGACGGACUGGGAGGCAUUUCAGAUCGACGGCAGGUUCUUUCUCGCCGUCGCCAACAGUCAGAAGUUUUCAGACCGCGGUCCGAGUCUCUACAGCAUCAACUCCACCGUGUACGAACUCAACACGCUCACACAGACCUUCAUCCACUUUCAGGACAUCCUCACACACAGUGCUGUGGACUGGGAGUUCUUCACCAUCGGAGAGGAGAAGUUCUUGGUGGUGGCCAACUCUCACGAUGGCAGCUCAUAUUCCCUGAACAGUGUGGUCUUCAGGUGGCAGGGUUCUGAGGGCUUUGUUCAGGUCCAUAGUCUGCUAACGUCAGGCUGCAGAGACUGGGAACACUUCAGCACUGACGAAGGAUCCUUCCUCAUCUACUCCAGCGCCACUUCCAGGCUCAGCAAGGUCUUCAAACUCAGGACCUACUGAAUCAGACUCCGUCCGACAGCUCGAGCUUGAAACACUCGGCAAGAAGUUUUUAAACCUUAAAAACUGGGCCGUCAUCCGGCUCAGUGACGUCUUCAAACUGCAAGUUUUAGUUUUACAUCCUGACAUCGUUUAUUUCAAUGUUUCCUUCACAACUGACUGAAGACUUCAGAGUUAAAGUUAAAUCCUCACACCUUCAACCUGUGGAGUCCUGAGUGAGCUGCAUUCACUAGCACCUUUCUUAAACUGUUUAUAAAAAGUCAUAUUAAGCUCUGCUGAUAUGGAAAGAAAAUAUUUUAGAGCAAAGGACUCUUCAGGGCUGGGUGGUAUCAUCAUGUACGAAGGUGUGCCGGUACUUCCCUUCAGGUUUACAAUCAUUACAACCUUCUAAAGGUUUUGGUUUGUAGUCAUGGGUAUAUGUUAAGUUUCUUGUUUUCAGCAGAAGAAUCAUCGAGAGUCAGCCGUUGCCGGGCUGGAAGGUUUCUCACGUCAUCACAAACAUCAACACAAAGGUCCAAAAACCUGAGCAGGAAGCAGACACUGAGCGUCGGGGUGGAGUGGGUCUCACUUUCAGCCCUGCAGUGAAACGAUGCAGAAUCACCCACCGCAGCAGGAAAAGGUCACCGGCUGCAAUAACAACACUCAACGGAAAAAUUAUUUACUUUAUGAAACGAUAUACAGGAACUCUUCAGUUGGAAAUGUCUUGUUGUGAAAUUAAGACGGACGUGUUCAUUCUGACGUUACUGAGGAGCUCUCAACUGAAUCCUUCCUGUUAUAUCGCUCUCUGCACAGCCACCAGACUCCACUGAUACCAACAGUGAACUUACCUCCAUCAGUCAGUUUGUGUUAUUGUGUGGAUCCAAAGUCAGUCUGGUGGCUGUGGAAAGACCACAGAUCGAUAUAAAGGCUUCAGCUGAUUUAUUCAUUGAUUUUAUUCAUUGAUUAUCAGACACGGGAAAAGAAACAAACAAAAUCCAAAGGAUGAACACAUUAGAGUGAAACAAACAAAAUCUAAAAUGCCUCCAUCAAAAAAGGUUUAAAUGUUUUGUUAGCAGGUAGCAGCUGUUAGCUGGUUAGCAGUGCAGCUAACCUAUCUGUCCUAUUAGGUGACUCUGCCCCGACUGGGAGCUCAGAGCAUCGGGGCAGUGUCGGUGUUUAACGUCAAACCGCCAAAUUUUCCCAGUCAGUUAGCUAACAGCUACAAGUCAAUCAGUAAACUUAGUAAAUCUCUGAGAGUUGAAGCAAAGAAGCUGCACGACAUCUGAGGAAAAAAACAGAAAAUAUAAAUUUUCCCUCCCUGAACAAGAACUUUUGGAUAAAAGUCUUACAGUAACAUGUUAGUAAGCUACAUUAGCUUCCUGCAGUUUGGACUCUUAUGUGAUCAACAGGUGAAUUUAUGAGUCAAAGUUAAACUAUAAGAAGUUACUUUUCUGAUUAUCCUGUAACAAUCGCUGCGAUCCCACUUAACUGAUUUUAUUCUGAAGGGAUUUUAAACGCUGGUGUGAAUGUGUCAUUAGAGGGGUGUGUUUUCAAAAUAAGAGUACACUUUAUUUUGAGUGACUGAAUCAUUUUCAUUGUUUUACUUUCAAGAAUUAUUUAAAGUUGGAAACUGGAAGAAAUAUAAUACGUUUUUAUAAAUGUAAAUAAUUAAUAAGCUAUAAUAAGAUAUUAAAGGAGAAUAUAUCGCUGAAACCAAAGAAAAGCUUUUUAAAAACCUUUUGUACUCGACUGAUUCUGGUUAAAAAUGAAUAUUAAUAUUACUGUAUGUUCAGAUUUGUGUUGUGAAUUAUGUUUAAAAAACAUCUCUGUUCUGUAAUAAUGUUGAUGAAUCAGAUAUUGAUUUAACAGGAAGUAGUUACAGACAAUAAUAACUAUUAAUAAUAAUAUUUAAAAUAUUAUUAAACAAUAAUUUAUUGUUGGGUUUGGUUAUAAAUCUUAGACGACUAAUAUAUUAUUAUUCAUGAUAAACCGUUAU